AUUCCCAUAUAACACACAAUAUCCGCAGGAUAUUCAUAGAAUGUCGAAAUAUCCCACUACAAGAUCAUCCUGCUAAAGACAUCUAUACGAUAUUCUCUAGACAUUCUGAAAUCCCGUAGAUGUCUUAGAACAGGAUAUCCUAUGGAUAUAUCUGUCGUAUAUCUUAUGUACAUCUAGCUGAGAUGUUCAAAUAUGCUCAAGAUAAUAAAAUAUCCUAAUAAUAUUGUCUAGAUAUUUAAGAAAAAUAAAUAAUUUACUAGUUUUUAUAUUACAUAAAAUGCAAUAAAUCAUACUUUAUGGGAUUAUACCUUAAAACAUAAUAUUUUUAUUUCUUCACGUGAAUUUUUACUAGGCAUUAAGUUCCUAGGAUUCACCAUUUCCAGUAAAUACAUCGAAUUUAAAAAACCCGCGCAAAAAAAUUCCCAUAACUCAUUUUGACAGUUGGGUGUUUACGGAUUUAUGACGCAGACGCAGUGAUCAGUGGUCAGAGACGCUAUGAUUUCGACGUGUUUUGUGCUUUCGAUUUUCCCGCUGAUUUUAUUGUUUCCAUUCUGUUUACCGCCAAAUUACCCUCUUUCCAUGUGCUUUCGAUCGUUAUCAUUUAUGGUUAUCAUAUGGUUAUCAUUUACAAGUUGUUGCGGUAUACCGUUGUUGCUGUUUUUGUAGUUCAUAAACAUAAAGAUGAUUAUUCACAAGCGUCUCGUGCCGCCAGCAAGGCUUGCUUUAAAACUGACAUUGAAUCUACUGACUGCGACGAAAAUAUUCAAACUAAUUCCUCAAAGGGUAGACCAAUCAUCCGGAAUAAAAGAUAUUUAAUCUCAGACGACGAUAUGGUUGAAUCAAGUGACAGUGAGGUUGAAAGUAGUGCCUCCUCAUUGAAGUCAAUUCCAUCUAAGCCUUUGACAGGUAAAGAAACCAAAAAGCAAGAAAGGCAGAUAGCUAGGAGCCAAGACUUCAGGCAAGAAUCUGCAACUUCUCAAGAGGAUACUCUUUUUAGAAAUAGAAAUGAAGACUCCACUUCAAAAAUUAGAGAGAAAGAGCCAAUUAAUAGAGAGGCACAUGGCAAAAGCUAUGAAGAGAUAUUGACAAAAAUGUGCUCUAGAAUUUCAUAUUUAACGCUAUUAACCAAGGGUAUAGCAGAGGACACUACCCUCAUAAAGUUACAAAUGGAAAAUUUACAGAUAUCAAAUCCAUCGCAAGCUACCCCUAAUGAAGAAGUAUAUAACUUUCCAUUCGACAACACUGAUUCAUUCGAGGAGUUUGAAAAAACCCUUGAAAAGAGGGAGGCAUAUUCAAAUUUCGUAAAUUUCAUCUCACGUAUAGGUGGAGAGUCAGCUUAUGAGUUCAUUAAAAGGGUUAUGGGUCGCCUGGUGACAGAUGAGGUAGCAGCAAAAUAUUCUUUUACAGGCCACAAAGGCAAAAGGCCAAUAGGCCAGUUUUUAAUCACGAAGGCAUUAAAAGAUGCUUCUAGAAAUGUAAACUACUUAAAACAUUGCACUGAAAAUGAUCUAGAAAAAAAAUUAAGAGACUGGCUUAGGCAUGCUCCAGCUAGAGCGAAUAAACGUCAAGGGGUUCCUCCUAAUAAUCCUCCUCCGCCAGAAGAGGAUGAAUGAUUUUGAUAAUUAUUUAAUGUUACUGUAAAAUAAAUUUAAAAAUUAUAAAUAUUUAUUUAUAAUUAAUAAUUAUAAAUAAAAAAUUAAUUAGCAAAAAAUAAAUAACUCUAUUAUUUGUUAGAACACCGUGA